AUGAGAAAUCCAGGGGUCACUCACAGUCUGCAUAAGGGGGUCAAAGUCAAAGUGUCACUAGCUCACAAUCUACACGAGAGGUCCCUCACAAUCUGCAGAAGACAUAAAGAAGUGCCUCACAAUCUACAGAAGACAUCAGGAACUCCCUCACAAUCUGCAGAAGGAAGUCCCUCACAAUCUGCAGAAGACACAAGAGUCCUCACAAUCUGCAGAAGACACCAAGAAGUCCUCACAAUCUGCAGAAGACACCAAGAAGUCCUCACAAUCUGCAGAAGACACCAAGUCCCUCACAAUCUGCAGAAGACACCAAGAAGUCCUCACAAUCUGCAGAAGACACCAAGAAGUCCCCUCACAAUCUGCAGAAGACAAGAAGUCCUCACAAUCUGCAGAAGUCCCUCACAAUCUGCAGAAGACACCAAGAAGUCCCUCACAAUCUGCAGAAGACACCAAGAAGUCCCUCACAAUCUGCAGAAGACACCAAGAAGUCCUCACCAGAAGACACCAAGAAGUCCCUCACAAUCUGCAGAAGACACCAAGAAGUCCCUCACAAUCUGCAGAAGACACAAGAAGUCCCUCACAAAGAGAAGUCCUCACAAUCAGAUCCGCAGAAGACACCAAGAAGUCCCUCACAAUCUGCAGAAGACACCAAGAAGUCCUCACAAUCUGCAGAAGACACCAAGAAGUCCCUCACAAUCUGCAGAAGACACCAAGAAGUCCCUCACAAUCUGCAGAAGACACCAAGAAGUCCUCACAAUCUGCAAGAAGUCCCUCACAUCUGCAGAAGACACCAAGAAGUCCUCACAAUCUGCAGAAGACACCAAGAAGUCCCUCACAAUCUGCAGAAGACACCAAGAAGUCCCUCACAAUCUGCAGAAGACACCAAGAAGUCCUCACAUCUGCAGAAGACACCAAGAAGUCCCUCAAUCUGCAGAAGACACCAAGAAGUCCCUCACAUCUGCAGAAGACACCAAGAAGUCCCUCACAAUCUGCAGAAGACACUCCCUCACAAUCUGCAGAAAACCAAGAAGUCCCUCACAAUCUGCAGAAGACACCAAGAAGUCCUCACAAUCUGCAGAAGACACCAAGAAGUCCCUCACAAUCUGCAGAAGACACAAGAAGUCACAAUCUGCAGAAGACACCAAGAAGUCCCUCACAAUCUGCAGAAGACACCAAGAAGUCCCUCACAAUCUGCAGAAGACACCAAGAAGUGCAGAAGACACCAAGAAGUCCCUCACAAUCUGCAGAUCCUCACAAUCUGCAGAAGACACCAAGUCAGCAGAAGUCCUCACAAUCUGCAGAAGUGAAGUCCCUCACAAUCUGCAUAAAUCUGCAGAAGACACCAAGAAGUCGCUGCAGAAGUCCCUGAAGUCAGAAAGUCACUAUCAAGAGACACCAAGGGAUUCACUUCGCUUUCACCAUGAGUCAGGGACCGACCCAGCGCCAUGCCACGGAGGCGGUGGAAAUAUUGAGAGUACUACCAUCUGCAAGGACGCUGAAACAAACAAACAUACAAUCGAAACUAUCAACAGAACCGAACAAUACUCGACUAUUAGAUCGCUGAAUUGCUUCAUUAUUCCGUUCGAAGUCAAGGACAACGCGGUGUUCGAACGGCGCUCAUUACACACGAGGCUAGACAAUGGAGAUCACAACAAACGGCGCACGGGGAAGCUUGCCAUUAAACGGGGAUAUAACAGAGAAAAAUACGAAACGAAGAAUUAUGGUCAAGGUGCCUGA